UACAUUUUCACCUGAUGUUGUUGUCUUCACCACCACCUGAAGACUUUUUUUUUUUUUUUGCUCACACCUCUCUUGUUGUUUUCGAUGUUUCCGACAAAGGGAACUUUUGGUACCCGGAACCUGGGUCCACCGUCCAGGGUUGGUUACAACCAAUAACAACUCGUAUCUCGUAGAACGCGUCAUCCCUGGACCAAUCAGCGGCUGCGGAAUGGCUUGAACUAGAAUAAUUGGGACUAGCGUGGCCGAUGGAGUUAGCGGCAGAGGACGGACGGGCGCAACGCAACCGUUCGUACUUAAGGAUUCUAGCACCCCCUCCGACUUUCUCAGUCUCUGUUUCUGGAGCUGAGCUGAGAGCUGCUGCGCGCCGGUCACGCUUUCCUUAUUACCCUGCCAUUCACGCCCGCCCCCCGACCGCCCUUUGUGUCCUCGGCUGCCCCUGGACUGCGCUCCAUCUCUCCUUCCUUCAUAAACACGCUAUUCACGCGUCAUUCGCGUCGCGCGCUUGCUCGAUCCCAGCCACAGCUACUGCAGCUGCUUAUUUGGGUUCCAUUUUUUAUUUUUGGCCCGCCCCUUUCCCCUUUUUUUUUCUUCUAAUAUUAUUAGCAACGACUCCAUCGCGUUGCCGACAACACGGACUUUACUUCACUGUACCUUCCUCAUCGCUUCUCCCACAGCCCCCUUUCAGUUCUUACUUCCAGGCAUCAACACCUGGUUCUGGCCUCAGGCAGCAAUCGCGGCUUGGCACGUGCAGAUUGUGGAUUGACGAGCAUUUGAGCUCCAACUGACAUUCUCCUUAUCUCGUCUUCUCUCACCUGCAACUUUCCCCCUAGUCCCUUUCUU